AUGACUCUUACUGGAAGGAUUCCCCGGGAAUUUGGAAACCUCUCAUUUCUUGUUUCUCUCAACUUGAGAAGCAACAAUUUCCAGGGAAAUCUGCCCCAAGAAAUUGCACGCUUGCACAGGCUUAAGUUUCUUGAUUUAAGUGUCAACAACUUCAGAGGGAAGGUUCCUUCUUGGUUUAGAUUCUUACACCAACUUCAAGUUCUAAAUCUUAGUAAUAAUAGCUUCACUGGUUCUAUCCCGUCUUCAUUCUCUAAUAUGUCCACACUUGAGACUUUGAAUAUGAACUUCAAUUCCAUAGAUGGCCAAAUUCCGAAAGUGAUUGGAAAUCUUGUAAAGCUUAGAAUAUUAAAAUUCGGAGGCAACAAGCUCAUAGGCUUUAUUCCUCUGUCACACUCGAAUGCCUCAAGGUUGGAGACUUUGGAGAUAUCUUAUAAUUUACUUCAAGGAAACAUUCCAGAAGGGAUCGAAAAUCUUCACAACAUGAACUGGUUGUCCAUACAAGCUAAUAAACUUACGGGUUCUAUACCAUUUACAAUAUUCAAUAUUUCUAGGAUCAACGUCAUUGCAUUUACUGGCAAUAGCUUAUCAGGAUAUCUUCCCAAUGGUUUAUGCAAUGGUCUCCCAAUACUCAAAGGGCUUUAUCUAUCUUAUAACAAGCUUCAUGGUCAUAUUCCUGCAAGCUUAUCAAAUUGUUCACAACUUCAAGUAUUGUCUUUAAUGGAAAAUGAUUUAAAAGGGAACCUUCCCACAUCUCUUAGAACAUUUUUCGCCAUCAGUUGUAAAAUCCAAGGGCGGAUUCCAGAUGAUGUUGGGAACUUAAGCAGCUUAUUAGACCUUAGACUUUCUGGAAACAACUUGGCUGGAUCGAUUCCCACAACAAUUGGCAACUUGAGAAAGCUUCAGCACUUCGACUUGACUAAUAACAAAUUAACAGGAUUUAUUGGAGAUCAUAUAUGUAAACUGCAGCAUUUGGGUGAUAUUUUCUUGGGUCAAAAUCAACUUUCAGGAUCUCUUCCUAAUUGUUUAGGGAAUAUUACUUCCCUUAGGGAUAUACAUCUCGGUUCCAACAAAUUGAGUUCCAAUAUGCCACCAAGCUUAGGGAACCUUCAAGAUCUAUUGGUUCUUGACUUAUCGUCAAACAAGAUGGUAGGGUUUUUACCUCCAGAAAUUGGAAAUCUAAUGGCUGUCACACUGAUAGAUCUGUCAAUGAAUCUAUUCUCAAAUGGCAGGAUUCCUCGUGAAUCUGGAAACCUUUCAUUUCUUGUUUCUCUCGACAUGGGAAGCAAUAAUUUCCAUGGAAAUUUGCCUCAAGAGAUGGUACACUUGUGUCGGCUUAAGUUUUUUGAUUUAAGUUUUAACAGCUUCAGCAGGAAGGUUCCUUCUUGGAUCAAAAUCGUUGCAUUUACUGGCAAUAGCUUAUCAGGAAAUCUUCCCAAUGGUUUAUGCAAUGGUCUCGCAAUACUCAAAAGGCUUUAUCUGUCUUUUAACAAGCUUCACGGUCAUAUGCCUACAAGCUUGUCAAAUUGUUCACAACUUCAAGUAUUGACUUUAUCAGAAAAUGAGUUUGAUGGACCAAUACAUAGUGAAAUUGCAAAUUACGUGGUUGUUGGUGGUAUAUUUUUUGGUGAAUGGCAGCAGACUCCUAAAUAUUGGGUUUGGAAAACCAUGUCUAAGGAGACAGUGUCCAUUGCCCUUCGUCGCAAUGUUUCAUAUGCCGAUAUGGUUAAAAGCGUAAUGGAGAACAGUGAAUUAAGUUGUGAUCAAAGCGAGGUGGUAAUUAGUUUCUUGAUGAACAGGAAGGGGAAAAUCUAUCCAACGUUCAUAAGGAAUGAUAGACGCGUGAAAUUAUACAUGCUUUCCGUUGAUUCUGAUAACUCCAAACCUAUAUUGUGGGUUAAAGUUGCUGGAAGGUUCCGGGAAGAAGCUUCUACAUCAACCUCACCCCCAUCCCACCCCUGGCAGUGGAUGAUACAUCAACGAAAUAUGAUUACAUGGGUGUUAAUGAAUGAUAUAAUAGUGAAGAUUAUAAAGAAGAUGAGUGUGGAGGAGAAAGCAGUAAAACAACCCUUCGAAACUACUAAACUAGCUCCAGCAAUGGAGAAGACUAAGAGUCCUACACAAUGGUUACAAAAGGCUAUCUCCACAAAUACACAAAAUAAAGGCCCUCUAGCUGAUAACAAUAGUGAAGCGGUUGCAAGGAGGACCAAGAGGAAAGAGCAAAUGCAGAUCAUACAGGAUGAAAGGGCAGAUCACGAUGGCAGCAAAGAUAGGAGACAAUAG